AGGUUUAUAUUGCAACCAAAUUCUUCACUAAUUGUAAAAGUUGUAGAGACGAGGUAAUACAUUUCUCUUAUUGUUGCUUACAACCCUUAUCCCGCCUUAAAAUUAAUUUUACUAUGACGAAUGGUGUAGCGAUCACGUACACUCUGCAUGAUCUAGACGUUUCAAAAGUUCUUCAAGUUACGGAAUUUGAAAUCGACCUCGUCAAUUUGGAGCCUAAUCAGGUUGCAUUACAAGCCUUGGCCAACCCAAUUAAUCCAUCGGAUCUUCUUCAAAUUAAGGGAGUUUAUACUACUCCCAAGACUCAACAACUUUCAGGAAAAGAUGUUCAUAUUGGGGGAAAUGAAGGAUUAUUUAAAAUCUUAAAGAUUGGUAAAGAUAUUUCUGGAUUUAAUGAAAAUGAUUGGGUUAUUACAAAACUUUCAAAUUUUGGAACUUGGAGAAGUCAUGCAAUUGUUACCUUUGGUAAUGAAGAAGCACCAGUACCAAUUAUUAAAGUAAAGGAUUCACUCAGGAAGGAUUCAAAAUUAACUAUAGCUGAAGCUGGAACAAUUGGAGUAAAUCCUCCAACUGCAUAUCAAUUAUUGCAAAACUAUGUUAAAUUCAGUCCAACUGGAGAAGAUUGGGUUAUUCAAAAUGCUGGUGCUUCUCAAGUUAGUAAAUUUGUCCUUCAAUUGGCUAAACAUUGGAAGAUAAAUGUGAUUUCUGUCAUUAGAGGAGGAAAGCCAAAUCAAAAGGCUAAAGAAGAAGAAUUAUAUGCAUUAGGAGCUACCAAGGUUAUCACAGAAGAACAAUCACAAUCGGAAGAAUAUAAAACCAAAAUUAUCCCCGGUUGGUUAAAGGAAACUGGUGGGAAAUUGAAAUUGGCAUUAAACUCUGUUGGUGGUGCUCUGACUAAUGCUCUUAUAGAUCAUUUGUCCACCGAUGGAUACUUGGUUUCAUAUGGUCAAAUGACAACGGAUCCUAUUCAAUAUACUUCUGCCCUUCAAUUAUACAAGAACUUGACCACCAAGGCCUAUUGGUUGACUAGAAAUACGUAUGAAGAUCCCGAAUCAAAGACUAGAACAAUCGAUUCAUUGGUUGAAUUAUAUGAAUCUGGUGAUCUUCAACCUGUUUCUUAUUCUCAAGUUGAAUAUAAAUUAGGGGAUUCUAGUUCUGAUUAUUUAAAGAGGUUCUUGAAUGCAAUCGAGAACUCAUCAAGUGAUAAGAAUGUCGUUAUCUACAAGGAUUAGGCUAUAAUGCCAAUGCUUCUCUUUAUAUUUUUUUUUUUUUACUCUUUCAUUCCGGUAAUAAAUAUAUAUAAAUAUCUAUAUAUUCAAACUUUCCAUAGUAUUCUUC